AGUUGUCUGAGCAAAGGAAACAGUUGACUGCAGAGCUAGAGGCAACAGUGGAUGACAUGCAAAAUGCAUACCGUCAUGCUUCAGAAAAAGCUGUAUUUGUACCACCUUUUGGAAGAGAAUUAGAUGAGCUCUCUGAGAAGAAACAAGAUUUGAUGGAAAAAUUGGAAUCGAAUUGGAAGGAGCUACAAGAAGCUCAGGAACUUGCAAUUUUACAACCAGGAAGUGUCAGUGAUCAUAAGCUGCGGACAUUAUUUAACCAAAGAAGAGAAUUGACCGAGAAACUAGAGACAGCUGUGCAUGACAUAGAAAAGGAACAGAGACUUGCUUUAGAAGAAACAGGAAUUAUGCUACAAUCUGGAAAGGAAAUGUGUGAGCUGUCUGCAAAGAAGCAUGAAUUACUGGAGCAGUUGAAAUAUAAUCAGAAUGAGCUACGAGAAGCUCAGGAACUUGCAGCUACACAACCAGGCAGUAUUAGUGAGCAUAAACUACAAGAGCUAGUUGAACAAGGAAGAUAUUUGAAUCAAAAGCUGGAAGAAACAUUGCGUGAUAUAGUAAAAGUUGAGCGUCUUGCUUCAGCGAGAGCACUGGUUGGAAAACCUGAUGAGACAGAAUUAUAUGAGCUAACUGCAAAGAAGCAACGUUUACAGUCAUAUUUGGAUUCCAAUUGGGAGGCUCUACAGGAAGCUCAGAAUCUUGCUAUUACCCAACCAGACAGUAUCAGUGGUAUACAUGCUGUGAUUUAUUGUGCUGCUAUCUAUUCUUUUAAACAUAUCUACUCAGAAUUAUGA